AUGGCUUACGCUGCUGUUGUUUCUCUUAAGCACACAAUAGAUGGCCUUCUAGAUUCUUCUCCGAUUUCCCAUGUCUCCUCCAUUCGAGAUAACUUAAAACUUGCACACUUAUCGUGCAGGUGCCUCCAAUACGCUCUCGAAAAAUCCAACCAUCGCAGCAGCAAGUGGUUGGAUCCUUUGGAAGGGCUAAUAAGAGACGCUGCACAUAAAUUAGAAGAUGUUCUCGAAUUCCAUGAUGGUGCCUCCCAACUGAAAAUAGACUUGGAGGAAGUUAAUCAAGAGAUUAUUUCCUUCGAGCAAAAAGCGAAAGAGGCGGGGAAACAAUUUCUCUGCUCACCUCAACAAGAUGAUGAUGACGAUGAUGAUGUUUCGUCAAAUAUUGAUACUAGUGUGGAGAUGGUUGGGCGUUCCAGUGAGUUUGGCGAGGUGCAAAACUAUCUGCGUCAAAGAAUGAGGCCAGACGACAUGUGUUUCUUCUCGUACGUCGGGGAAGUCGGCACAGGCAGAUCAGCUAUCGGCAAGACCUUUUUCGAAGAUCAACAACAGUGUUUCGACUGCAGCGCGUGGGUGACGUUAGGCGACACGAAAGGUGAAGAAUUUAAGGAAAUUGCGAUGCGCAUCCUUGAUCAAGUAGACAAUCACAAAUUGGUCGGAGACGAGGAAAUACGCAACUGCUUGUUCAACACUUUGGAGCAUCGGAGGUACCUGAUUGUGUUGGAUGAUGUACGCAGUGUAGAGGUGUUGGAUUACUUGAGAAGCUCAUUUCCAGAUCAAAGUAAUGGCAGCCUAGUCUUGCUCACCACCGCCCUAGAUGAAAUAGUUGUUUCUGCCCAAAGUUUACAUACUUGCAGAGCGCAUACCGACUACGCCAAAACAUUGCGCUUUUGUCUACACUGGGCGGUUUUUGGUCGUGAUGCGCACAUCUCUCCACAACUCCGUGAAGCUGAAAAGAAGAUUCAGGAGAAUUGUGGAGGUCGUCGUAUGCUACUUGCCAAAACUUUGCUCUACCUACUUAAAACCGACAAGACGCCAGAGCAGUGGACCAAGUUAGCAGCAGACAAAGAAAAUCCUGUUUUCAUAGUUGAAGAUGAAAUUUCAGAGUUAUGUAAAAUCAAAACUGAGGUGCAAUCCCACAAGUGGGAUAUGGAUGACGAAAGAGAUGUUCUUGCUUUUGAAUGGCUCUCAUCAACAUGGACAGAUUUUUCUAAAAUAGUUGCAAAUAUGAAGAAGGCGAUGCAUCCGGAAAGGUUUUUUGCCAAAUUGCAAAUCAUAUCUUUAUGGGGGAUGGCAGGCAUUGGUAAGAGUAUGUGGGCCAAAAAACUAUUCCAAGACAAGUCAAUUUUGUGCCAUUAUGACCAUCAUGUGUGGGUCACUUUAGGCCCAAAAUAUGAAGCCAAAAGAAUUCUGAUAGAUAUUAUGGUACAAAUAUAUCCGAGCAUACACGAAUUGCAUAUGAAAGAAGAUGACAAGUUGGUGAGAGACUUGUGUAUACUAUUAUCCAAUAAGAGAUGCCUCAUCGUCAUGGAUGAUUUGUGGAGUGUAGAGCCCUUGCAUCACUUGAAGGAGUUAUUCCCAGGCAUUAAAGGUAGAGCUUUGGUGACAACUAGGCUAGGAGAAGUAGCUAAACGGGGAGAAGAUGAUAUUUUUUAUGAAAUGCGGUUACUAGAUGAAGAAGAAAGUUGGUGUCUUUUUCGUCAACAGGUGUUUGCCGAUGGAUUCUGUCCCCCUGAGUUAGAGAAAUCCGGGCGAAAAAUUGCAAAGAGAUGUGAAGGUCUUCCUCUCCUACUCCUCAAAGUGGCCGAUCAACUACUCAAAGUGGAUAAGGACCCACAACAAUGGAACGAUGCAGCCUCGGGGAAACGAAGUUUAGUUUUCAUCAAGGCACAUGAUGAUAUAUCCAAAAUACUACUCCCCAGCUACAAGAACUUACCACAGCAUCUAAAAACAUGCUUCCUGUACAUGGGAAUUUUUUGUGAAAGUUAUGAGAUCUCCAAAUCCAAGUUAACUAGCAUGUUGGUUGCUGAGGGAUUUCUUGAACCAAAGCUAUACGGAACUAAACAUCAUUUUGUUCCAGAAUUUUUGGGUGAUCUUGCAGGUAAAAGUGUCAUCAUGGUCCAACAAUGGGAUACCAAUUUCUACGUCAACAGAUGCCGCCUCCAUUGUGUCUUUUGGCAUAUGUGUAACAGUGUGGCUGAGAAGAAAAAGUUUUUCCAUGCGAUGGAUAGUUAUGCCAACUGUUCAGUCGAGAACAUGAAGAGCCAACGCAGAUUCUGCAUUCGCACAAGCACUUUAUUGGGAUUGAAAGAUGUGCAGAACUCAAUGGCAUCCGUUACAAGUGCACGCUCUUUGCUAUGUGUAAGUCCACCUCAUCAGUAUCCAGUCCCCAUAAGUUUUGGUUUGAGGUUGAUGAGGGUGAUGGAUGCUCUUCCAAUUCGUCUAUACGAGUUCCCGGUUGAAGUGGUGAAACUAAUUCAUCUAAGAUACCUUACUCUCACUUAUAAUGGGAAGCUCCCUACAUCAAUAUCAAAACUUGGGAAGCUUCAACACUUGAUAGUCAGUCGAUACAUGAACACCAAAUCAUUUGAGAAUUCUUCGCCUUUGCCAAUGGAAAUUUGGGAUAUGAAGGAAUUGAAACAUCUUCAGAUCAUGGGAGGACACCUACCUGAUCCAAAAUGUGGUGUUGGUUUACCAAAUCUCACAACACUUUUAGAUGUGAGUGCUCAGAGUUGCACACGAGAGGUUCUUGAAAUGAUCCCUAAUCUUAAAAGGUUAGGCAUUCGAAUUGAAUUGGCGCCUGAUGAUGAAGGCACUGCCUUCCACUACUUGAAUAAUAUAUCUUGUCUUUCUGGAUUAGAAUCACUCAAGUGUGCUGUUGUAAAUCCUCACUUCAGGCGUGAGAUUGUUCCUCCACCUGCUCCCACCUCAAUGUUCCCAUCAAGCCUUAAAAGGUUGAGUUUGAGCGGGUUUGGAUAUCCCUGGGAACACAUGAUUAUAAUUGGUGGAUUGAGUGAUCUGGAAGAGCUCAAAUUGAAAGACUAUGCCUUUCGAGGACCAAGGUGGGAUACAAAUGAUGACUCUGAUUUCAAGAAACUUAAAUUUCUUUCAAUUGAAGAUACUGAUUUGGUGCACUGGGAAUUGCCCAUUUGCAUGGAGCUCAAGCAUCUAAGCAUUAAACACUGCUACAAACUGCGAGAGCUACCUACCUUUUUGCGUAUGGGCUUUAGAAAGAUUGAAAUAGUCGACUGCAACCCUUUAACUGUCACUUGGGCAGAGCAAAUGAGACGGAAGAUUAAGCCAUUCCGAUUUGAAGUCCAUCCUAUAAGGUGAUGUCGAAGAAUGAGACGUGACGUGAAGUGCUUAUUUAAAGUAUUAGGAAUUGGCGUUUCAUGUUGCAUCAAGGGACUAGUGGGUCUUGUUUGGUUUAUUUCUUUAGGGGAUAAAACUGAUUUGUAAUGCUAUUGUGUUGCGUUUUUCUUUCUCCGCGUUGAUCAUUUCAGUCCUAAGCUGAGUGAUAUUGAGAUGUUGCCUUCCACGUAGUCAUUGUGUGAGAUGUGAAAAUUUUGGUUUUGCAACAAACUCAAUUCGAGUAUACCAAAAUUUCCAAUUAUUAACUAGUAUACGGUGCAGACAAACAA